UGCGAGGUCCUUUCUCAGUGGCUGUCCUUCUUGCUGCGGCUGCGGGAGCCAGAAGAGCGGUUAGCCGUGGAGCGGCGGACGGUGCCCGAAAGAGCGGGAAGGCGCGAGCCGCCCAGCCAGCUUCGACGCCGGGGUGGCUCGUUCUGCUCCAGUGCCACCCGAGCGGCGGAGCGCCGCGCAGCGGGCAGGAGCCUGCUGGGUGGGUCUCCCACCUGCGGACUACCAUGGCCGGGUCCGAGCGGGACGGCGGCACCGGAGAGGCGCCGCUGCCCUUCGAGGACUCCGAGCUAGCGCUGGCUGGAAUCAAUAUGCUGCUCAACAACGGAUUCCGGGAAUCCGACCAGCUCUUCAGGAAAUACAGAAACCAUAGUCCUUUAAUGAGCUUUGGAGCCAGCUUCGUCAGCUUUUUGAAUGCCAUGAUGACUUUUGAAGAAGAGAAAAUGCAGCUGGCAUGUGACGAUUUAAAAGCUACCGAAAAAUUAUGUGAGAGUGAAGAAGCAGGAGUUAUAGAAACAAUAAAAAAUAAAAUUAAGAAGAAUGUUGAUGGGAGGAAGGCUGCCCCAUCCAUGAUGGAUCGAUUGCAGAGACAAAUCAUUGUGGCAGACUGUCAAGUUUACCUUGCUGUGCUCUCUUUUGUAAAACAAGAAUUAUCAGCUUAUAUAAAAGGUGGGUGGAUCCUUAGAAAAGCCUGGAAAAUCUAUAAUAAGUGCUAUACCGACAUUAAUACGCUUCAGGAAUUUUAUCAGAAGAAGAUAACUCAGGAAUCCUUGACUUCUGAUGCUACAAAUGAUAAUCACAUUGCUGCAGAAGGUGUUACAGAGGAUUCACUUAACAGACUGAAAGGUGCUGUUAGCUUUGGAUAUGGACUUUUCCAUCUUUGCAUAUCCAUGGUGCCCCCAAACCUGCUCAAAAUCAUCAAUCUGCUGGGUUUUCCUGGAGACCGCCUGCAGGGGCUUUCUUCAUUGAUGUAUGCAAGUGAAAGUAAGGACAUGAAGGCCCCUUUAGCUACGUUAGCCUUGCUGUGGUACCACACAGUGGUUCGCCCUUUCUUUGCUUUGGAUGGCAGUGACACCAAAGCAGGAUUGCAAGAGGCUGAAGAGAUUCUUCAGAAAAAAGAAGCUGCUUAUCCAAACUCAUCUCUCUUCAUGUUUUUCAAAGGCAGAAUACAGCGUUUAGAGUGUCAAAUCAACAGUGCCUUGACCUCCUUCAAUACUGCCUUGGAACUUGCAACUGAUCAGAGAGAGAUUCAGCAUGUCUGCCUCUAUGAAAUCGGCUGGUGUAGCAUGAUAGAAAUGAACUUCAAGGAUGCAUUUGAAUCAUUUGAACGUCUUAAAAAUGAAUCAAGAUGGUCCCAGUGUUAUUAUGCCUACUUAACAGCAGGGAAGUAUUUGUGUCAAGGAGCUACUGGUGAAGUGAAUGGUGCACAGACUGUUUUCAAGGAAGUCCAGAAGCUUUUCAAAAGAAAAAACAAUCAAAUUGAACAGUUCUCAGUCAAAAAGGCAGAGAGAUUUAGAAAGCAAAAACCAACCAAACAGCUUUGUGUCCUGGCAUCCAUUGAGGUACUAUACUUAUGGAAAGCCCUUCCAAACUGUUCUUUCACCAAUCUACAGCAUAUGAGUCAAGCUUGCCAGGAAGUUGACGAUUCAAUGGUUGUUGGUUUGAAGAACUUGCUGCUUGGUGCCAUACAUAAAUGCUUAGGAAAUGCUGAAGAUGCUGUUCAGUUCUUUCAAAGAGCCCUUAAAGAUGAACUCUGCCGCCAGAACAACUUGUAUGUUCAACCGUAUGCUUGCUAUGAACUUGGCUGUCUUUUAUUAGAAGACCCUCAGACUGUCCCAAGAGGUAAAGUGUUACUGCUUCAGGCAAAGGAAGAAUUCACAGGGUAUGAUUUUGAGAACAGGUUGCAUGUUCGCAUCCAUGCAGCACUAGCCUCUCUGCGAGAAGUGGUCCCCCAGUGAUGAAUAGGGAGCCUUCCAUCCUUGCUUUUUCAACUUCUGCACUCUGAGGACAAAGCUGUCAGGAAGAUCAGCUUCCCUUCAGAAAACCUUCCUGGCCAAGAGAUGUUUUCCCAAACCCACAGAACUGGUGAUGGAAAAAUGUUAACAAUCUCAACAAUUAAGGACUCAGCCAAAAAGGUUGAGUGACUUUAGGCUCAAACUGCUGGUGACUUCUCCUGCACAAGUCCUUUUAAAAUUAGGGGAAGCUAGACAUUGCGUUCAAGCCCAGCCCCACAGUUGUGCUGGAGAACUCCUUUGCAUAUUAAAGUCCUUUAGUUCCGAUGCCUGGAGAUGUCUUUUGUUUUUGUUUUUUGUCAAGCUGAAGAUCAUAGCCUGUGGUUAUACAAAUGAACCAACAAUGAGCACACUUUGAUUUUCUUUAUCGAUAUUGGCUUGAUUUCUGUUAUUUUCCCCAUUUCCGGAUAGCUUUUUCCUUCUUCUAUAGAGAGGAUCCCUUUCAUGGAAACAAUACUAUAAAGUUGUUUCAAUGUGGUACAGAAAUGGAUAUAGUUUUAUUUAAAAGCCAACUGAAAUGCAGCUGGAAAUCUGCCUGGUGCAUUUACAGCACAACAAACUUGCUCAGUGAACUUUUCUUGGUCAUUCAGAUAUAUGUAAAUAAUGAAAUCUGCCCCAUAUUUAUUUUAAAUUAUGAGAAUAUAGUUAGGUUUAUUUUUUAGCCAAAUGUUUAUUUUUUAAAUCCAUAAGUGUUGUGUUAGACAUUUGAUACCUGUUUUAAAUGGUACUGUGGAUAAAUGGCUUUGUUGCCAACGAGGGGUUUAUGAAUGAUCACUCAUGUUGCUAAAAUGUAGGUUAAACAGGAAAGAACUUGCCUUCUGGCAUUUUAAACCUAUUGUGUCACUUCCUAGUUUUAGAGCUUUUAAAAUAACAUAACACAGUAGAAUUUUAUUCAAUUUUUCUGACUUUUAAAGUUGUCACACAUUAUUUUAGUGUAUAUGUAUUUUUUUAAAGCAAAUAAUGGUUUUUAAAAAACAAUUUUUAGAAUAGUAGCUUUUCCUAUAUUCUGUGAAGCUUUUUUUUUUUAGGGCGUUAAAGCCUUAUUUUCAAUUCUGGUAUUUCUCUUUCUGAACCCUAGAUUCUCGCCUGAUCUGCUAAAUGCUUUAUCCUGCUUGCACUUAACUUGAACUAACAAGCUCCAACGAGCAUUAAGAGAGUAGAAAUUCACUGACCAUGAUUUAAGGCUCACACGGAGUUACAUGUUCACAAGGGCUUCCUGUUCACUUUCAACAUUGGGUAAUACUGUCAUGAGCACACAUAGGGCAGUUCCUGUCCUGUGUUAUGAGCUCAGUGUUUGGACCAUCACAUGUGAAUUGGAACCAAAUAACCAAGUGCAUCGUGUAACUGCUGGAUCGCAUAGCCUGGCUCUCACUGCUCUCCCCAAAGUACUUAAUGGCUACGAAAUCUGCUGUGCUCUUUUCUUUAAAAAAAAACACACACACACACUAUAUGCUGUGAAUAAUUAACUCAGACUUGAUUGUCAAACACUCUUGGUUCUAUUGCCUUGGGGGAAUUCUGUUUUAAAUGUUCAGUUUCCUGUUUUGUAUUUCAGUUUACAGAAUUGGCGUUUCUUGUCAUGUUGACAUUUCAGUGGAAACAAGAUGCGAUUGUCCAUAAAAUUUGCCCUGUACAAACCAGGAA